AUGCGUGGUACAUCGUUCCACGUGAACUGGCAUGAUUCAUCAGAGCCCAUUCACUACGAUCUCUGGAUUCGGUGCGGUUUAACUAGAGAUGAGGGAAAACCUGUUUUAAAAGAAAAGUUAUAUUUCACAAAAUUAAGUCAAUUCUCAUUUUGUUCACUUCAGAAACGGCAUCUUGUAAAGUCAACUCCCGAACAGCACCAGGAAUAUAUCCAGUAUCGCGAGCGAGGCAUCCAGAGCGAGGCGACCGCCGCUUCCUACUGCCUUGUAGGAAACAGUUAG